CUGAUCACUAAAGAUAUGGAAGGGAAUGAAAAUGGCCAGGCACAAGGCACCGGUGCAGUAGCUGGAGUCUUCCUGGAGAAGACAAAGCAGAAGAUAACAAUAUAUCAGGCCAUGAAGAAACGUCUACUGAAGCCUGGCACAGCAUUGGCCCUGUUGGAGGCCCAGGCUGCCACUGAGGGAAUCAUAGACCUUAUCAACAACCGGAAACUUCCAAUAGAAGAAGCUGUCAAGGAAGGAAUAAUUGGACCUGAGAUGAGAGAAAAACUCCUUGUUGCUGAGAGAGCCAUUGAUGGUUACAUAGAUCCUUAUACAAAUGAAAAAAUGUCUGUAUUCCAAGCCAUACAAAAGGAUGUGAUUCCAAAAAAUUACGGAUCCCGGUUGCUUGAGGCACAGAUAUCCACAAAAGGCCUAUUUGACCCAGUUGAAAAAAAACAUGUUUCAGUGGACUCAGCGAUUGAGAAGGGACACUAUGAAAAAGGUUUACUCUCUGACCAGAUGGAAGACCUCAAAGUUUUCUAUGAUCCAAACUCACAAGAAAAUCUUAACUACUCACAUCUGAUAGAGAAAUGCAUAGUGGAUCCUGACACUGGCUUACUGCUGCUCCCAGUAUGCAUCACCUUCAAAGGCCUGCGAAGGGGGGUGUCUUCCACUGAGCUCCUGGCAGCAAACAUCAUUGACAAAGAGACCUAUGACGACUUGCAGGAAGGCAAAACAACCACUCAGGAUGUGAUGCUCAUGGAGACUGUGAAAGAGUACCUGGAAGGUAAAGGAGGUAUCUCUGGUGUAGCUAUGCUCUCGUCCAAUCAGAGAAUGAGUAUCUAUCAAGCCAUGAAGCAGGGCAUUCUUAUGCCUGGAACAGCUCUAGUUCUUCUUGAGGCACAGGCUGCCACUGGUUUUAUGAUUGACCCUGUUCAGAACAAGAAAUUCAGCGUGGACGAGGCUAUUAAAAACAAAGUUGUGGGCCCUGACUACCAUGCUAAACUGCUUUCGGCUGAGCGGGCAGUCACAGGAUACAAAGACCCCUACACAAGUGAAACAAUAUCCCUGUUUCAGGCAUUGUCAAAGGACCUAAUCGUGAAGGAGCAUGGAAUUCGCUUACUGGAAGCUCAAAUCGCCACAGGAGGAAUAAUUGAUCCCAUCAACAGUCACAGACUUCCUGUGGACGUGGCCUACAAGCGAGGUUUCUUUGAUGAAAACAUGAAUGCAAUACUUGCAGACUCAGGAGAUGACACCAAAGGAUUCUUUGAUCCAAACACAAAGGAAAAUCUGACAUACCUUCAGCUGAUGGGACGAUGUGUCAUCGACCCAGCCACUGGACUCUGCCUGCUUCCCCUUAUGGAACAGUCAGGUGGUCGGAAUCAUAAUUUCGUCGACUAUCAAACCAAACUUAACUUCAAAGAAGUGAGAGUGAGGGUGACUUGUGGGAAGUACAUGGGAAUGAUUGUAUCCCUUUGGGAAUUGCUGAUGUCAGAAUACUUCAACGAACAUCAGAGGCAAGACAUCAUUCGGCAAUACACACAGGGACACCUUACAAUGAAGAUGAUGAUCAGAAAAAUUAUGGAGGUUAUAGAGCAAUCAGUGAAAAGAACCAACGUCGUCUUUGAAGGAAUCCGGGAGACUGUCACAGCAAAGCAGCUGGUAGAGGCAGAUAUCAUUAGUGAGAAUAUCCUGGAGGAACUCAACAAGGGGAAGAAGACAGUGAAGGAGGUCACAGAGGAUGAAACUGUUCAAAUGUACUUACAAGGGAAAGACAGCAUUGCAGGUGUUUUGCUUCCUGAUUCUCAGAUCAUGACAAUCUACCAGGCCAGACAAAAGGGAAAGCUAAUGCCAGGAACUGCACUGAUUCUACUGGAAGCUCAAGCAGCAACAGGCUUCAUCAUUGACCCUAUUGCCAAUAGAAAGUUUUCAGUGGAUGAGGCAGUGAAGGCAAACAUAGUGGGACCUGACCUUCAUGGAAAGCUGCGUUCAGCGGAGAAAGCAGUGACUGGUUACAAAGAUCCAUACACUGGCAAAACCAUCUCUCUGUUCCAAGCCAUGCAGAAAGACCUCAUCUUACAAGACCAUGGAAUUCGUCUGCUGGAGGCACAGAUUGCCACUGGAGGAAUCAUUGACCCUCUUAACAGCCAUCGUAUUCCUGUCCAUGUAGCAUACAAGAGGGGAUAUUUCAAUGAGGAAAUGAAUCAGAUUCUUGAUGAUCCAAGUGAUGACACUAAGGGCUUCUUUGACCCCAACACUCAUGAAAACCUCACAUACCUGAAGCUCAUGGCUAGGUGUGUCACUGAUCCAAGCACAGGCCUUUGUCUUCUGCCCCUCAAAGGCAAAAGCAACAGAGUCAACAUACAAGAUCACAUAAAGGAGACAUUCCAAGCUACAAAUGUCACUGUUAAGUAUGGCAGGUUCAGCUGCAAGCAUGUAACACUCUGGGAUCUCAUCAACUCUGAAUAUCUGUGUGAGGACAAAAGGCAGGAGUUAUUCAAACUGUACAAGUCAAGGAUGAUCACAAUCAAUGAAAUCAUUGUAAUUAUCCUGGAAAUCAUUGAAUGCAAGGAGAUAAAGUGGCAAGCUGGUCUUAACUUUGAGGGUCUGAGGGGGAAUGUUUCUGUUGUGGACCUUUUGAGGUUGGAAAUUGUGGAUGAAAAGACAUACAAAAGUCUGAUUGAAGGGAAACUGACCAACAAGGAUAUACUGAAGAUAGACACAGUUAGAACCUAUCUGAGAGGAAACAGCUGUGUAGCUGGGGUGAUACUCCAACCCUCCAGUCAAAAACUGAGCAUCUAUGAGGCCAAGAAAAAGGGCAUCCUGACUCCUGGUACUGCGCUAUCUCUUCUGGAAGCACAAGCUGCCACAGGCUUUAUCAUUGACCCUCUCCAUAACCAGAAACUGACUGUGGAUCAUGCUCUGAAAGAGAAGAUAAUUGGCCCAGAACUGUACGAAAAGCUCUUAUCAGCAGAGAAGGCAGUAACUGGCUACACAGACCCCUACACUGACAAAAAGAUCUCACUCUUUCAAGCCAUGAAGAAAGAUCUGAUCCUGCAGCAGCAUGGCAUUCGUUUACUUGAAGCCCAGAUUGCAACAGGUGGCAUCAUUGACCCAUUGAAGUGUCUGCAUUUGCCCCUUGAAGUUGCUUACAGAAAGGGAUACUUUGAUGUAGAGCUUAAUCAAAUCCUGACAGAUCCCAGUGAUGACACCAAGGGAUUUUUUGACCCAAGGACACAAGCAAACUUGACCUACAUGGAAAUGAUGGAGCAGUGCAUAAAGGACCCAGAGACGGGUCUGUUACUUCUGCCACUGAUGGACAAAACUAAAACACAGAAUGAAACGGAAAAAUUGUACUCAGACGCUGAGAUUAAACAGGAGUUUGAAAAGACAACUGUUAGCAUAUCAGUAGGGCGUUAUUCAGGAAAGACGGUCUCUCUUUGGUAUUUGAUUCACUCUGGAUACUUUACUGAUGAUCAGAGACUCCAGUUCCUUGAAAAAUACAGAACAAAGAAGAUAACCAUACAAGUAAUAAUCACUUUGGUCAUUUCCACCAUUACAAAACUGGAAGAGAACAAAACUCUGAAAACAACAAUAGGUUUGAGAAAGCCGGUCUCUGCAAAACAACUAUUGAAAUCAAGCAUAAUCGAUGCCAAUACCUUCAGGAGUUUGGAGGAAGGAAAAGUAACUCUUGAACAAGUGACCAAACUGGAUUCUGUGAAGCAAUACCUAAGGGGUACAGGAAGUGUUGCUGGCGUCCAGAUUCUUCCAUCCAAAAAAGUAAUGAGCAUUUAUGAGGCAAAGACACAAGGUUUGCUAACACCUGGUACUGCACUGAAACUGCUUGAGGCUCAGGCUGCAACAGGGUUUGUCAUCGAUCCAAUCAAGAACAAAUAUCUAUCUGUUGAUGAGGCCGCAAGAGAACGACUAAUUGGACUAGAAAUACAUGAAAAACUACUCUCAGCUGAACGAGCAGUCACUGGAUAUGUAGAUCCAUACACAGAUGACACAAUAUCUUUAUUUGAAGCCAUGAAAAAAGAUCUGAUCGAGAAAGGCCAUGGGAUACAUCUGCUAGAAGCACAAAUUGCAACAGGGGGAAUAAUUGACCCAGUCAACAGCUACAGGAUACCUUCUCAUGUCGCCAAGAAAAAUGGCUACCUUGAUGAAGAAACAAGUGAAGUAAUGUCUAAUCCAAAUGAUGACACAAAAGGAUUCUUUGACCCCAGCACCAAGGAAAACCUAACAUACCUUCAGUUAAGAGAGAGAUGUGAAAAGGAUACUCAUACAGGACUUUUACUCCUACCAUUACAUGUUGAAGCUGGAGGUGACUUUCACACAGAUGAACAAACAGAGCAGGAAUUCAAAGACAAAAUUGUGGUCAUCAAUGCAGGUAAAUUUGAAGACAAACAAGUGUCAAUGUGGGAUGUGUUAAUCUCUGAAUACAUUUCAAAACUGAAGCGAGAGCAGCUCUUGAAACAGUACAAGACAAGAUCAUUGACAAUGAAAGAGAUAAUAGAAAUAGUCAUCAUAAUAAUACAGGAAGUGACAUCAAAACAAAUCAAGUUCAAAGGACUGAGGAAGCAGGUAUCAGCAAGUGAGCUUUAUGAGUCACAAAUCAUAUCAAAGGAACUCUUCACUCAGAUUAUCCAUGGAGAAGUUACUGAAGAGACUGUAGGGGAAAUGGAAUCUAUUCAAAAGUACCUUGGGGGCGCAACAAAUUCCAUUGCAGGAGUAAGAAUUGAAUCCACCAAAGAGAUAAUGAGCAUCUACGAGGCCAAAUCCAAAGGUCUUCUAACUCCCGGAACCUCUCUGGUUCUGCUGGAGGCUCAAGCUGCCACUGGAUUUGUCAUUGACCCAGUGAAGAACAAGAAGCUCUCUGUAGAAGAGGCAGCCGCUCAAGGUGUGGUUGGGAACGAGUGGAAGAACAAACUGCUUUCAGCAGAGAGGGCAGUCACUGGAUACAAAGAUCCCUACACAGGAAACACAAUUUCCUUGUUCCAGGCCUUGAAAAAGGAUCUAAUUGUCAAGGACCAUGGAAUUCGCCUUCUUGAGGCACAGAUUGCAACUGGUGGAAUCAUCGAUCCAGUGUACAGUCAUAGAGUGCCAGUAGAGGUGGCGUACCAGAGAGGAUACUUUGAUGAGGAAAUGAACCAGAUCCUCGAUGACCCUGACGAUGACACCAAGGGCUUUUUUGACCCCAACACACAAGAGAACCUCACCUACCUGCAGCUUGUGGAGAGGUGUGUGACAGACCCAGAUACUGGCCUUAGCUUACUCGUAAUUGUCAAAAAAGGAGAGUUUUAUUUCUUCAUUGAUGAGCAAACCAAGACUAUUCUAAAGGCUAUGACAACAACUAAGGCCGGAGGCAAAUUUCAAGGACAGAACGUAUCUCUAUGGGAUCUCCUCUACUCAAAAUACAUCACAGAGGAGAGAAGGAGAGAGCUUGUGCAGCAGUAUAAAUCUGGAGCAAUCACUAUUGAACGCUUCAUGGAGAUUAUCCUAGCAAGUAUUCAACAAAAGACUACCACCACAAUAACCACAACAUCUUCAGUGUCAACAUACACACCACCACCUGAGACAAAGUCAGAGAAAACAACCAUCACCACAACAACCACAGAGACAAGCUUCCAUGGUAUCAGGAAGAAUGUCACCGCUGGCGAGCUGCUUGCCUCAAAAAUCAUUGACAUGAAACUUUAUGAAGACCUCAACACAGGAAAAGUCACAGUGAACCAAGUGAGUGAAAUGGACUCAGUACACAAGUACUUGGAGGGAACUAAUAGCAUUGCAGGUGUAUAUGUUCAGUCCACCAAACAGACCAUGAGCAUCUACGAGGCCAAAUCCAAAGGUCUUCUAACUCCUGGAACCUCUCUGGUUCUGCUGGAGGCUCAAGCUGCCACUGGAUUUGUCAUUGACCCAGUGAAGAACAAGAAGCUCUCUGUAGAAGAGGCAGCCGCUCAAGGUGUGGUUGGGAACGAGUGGAAGAACAAACUGCUUUCAGCAGAGAGGGCAGUCACUGGAUACAAAGAUCCCUACACAGGAAACACAAUUUCCUUGUUCCAGGCCUUGAAAAAGGAUCUAAUUGUCAAGGACCAUGGAAUUCGCCUUCUUGAGGCACAGAUUGCAACUGGUGGAAUCAUCGAUCCAGUGUACAGUCAUAGAGUGCCAGUAGAGGUGGCGUACCAGAGAGGAUACUUUGAUGAGGAAAUGAACCAGAUCCUCGAUGACCCUGAUGAUGACACCAAGGUUUUUGACCCCAACACACAAGAGAACCUCACCUACCUGCAGCUUGUGGAGAGGUGUGUGACAGACCCAGAUACUGGCCUUAGCUUACUCGUAAUUGUCAAAAAAGGAGAAUUUUACUUCUUUAUUGAUGAGCAAACCAAGAACACUCUAAAGGCUAUGACAACAACUAAGGCCGGAGGCAAAUUUCAAGGACAGAAAGUAUCUCUAUGGGAUCUCCUCUACUCAAAAUACAUCACAGAGGAGAGAAGGAGAGAGCUUGUGCAGCAGUAUAAAUCUGGAGCAAUCACUAUUGAACGCUUCAUGGAGAUUAUCCUGGCAAGUAUUCAACAAAAGACUACCACCACAAUAACCACAACAUCUUCAGUGUCAACAUGCACACCACCACCUGACACAAAGUCAGAGAAAACAACCAUUACCACAACAACCACAGAAACAAGCUUCCAUGGUAUCAGGAAGAAUGUCACCGCUGGCGAGCUGCUUGCCUCAAAAAUCAUUGACAUGAAACUUUAUGAAGACCUCAACACAGGAAAAGUCACAGUGAACCAAGUGAGUGAAAUGGACUCAGUACACAAGUACUUGGAGGGAUCUAAUAGCAUUGCAGGUGUAUAUGUUCAGUCCACCAAACAGACCAUGAGCAUCUACGAGGCCAAAUCCAAAGGUCUUCUAACUCCUGGAACCUCUCUGGUUCUGCUGGAGGCUCAAGCUGCCACUGGAUUUGUCAUUGACCCAGUGAAGAACAAGAAGCUCUCUGUAGAAGAGGCAGCCGCUCAAGGUGUGGUUGGGAACGAGUGGAAGAACAAACUGCUUUCAGCAGAGAGGGCAGUCACUGGAUACAAAGAUCCCUACACAGGAAACACAAUUUCCUUGUUCCAGGCCUUGAAAAAGGAUCUAAUUGUCAAGGACCAUGGAAUUCGCCUUCUUGAGGCACAGAUUGCAACUGGUGGAAUCAUCGAUCCAGUGUACAGUCAUAGAGUGCCAGUAGAGGUGGCGUACCAGAGAGGAUACUUUGAUGAGGAAAUGAACCAGAUCCUCGAUGACCCUGACGAUGACACCAAGGGCUUUUUUGACCCCAACACACAAGAAAACCUCACCUACCUGCAGCUUGUGGAGAGGUGUGUGACAGACCCAGAUACUGGCCUUAGCUUACUCGUAAUUGAAAAAGGAGAGUUUUACUUCUUCAUUGAUGAGCAAACCAAGAACAUUCUAAAGGCUAUGACAACAACUAAGGCCGGAGGCAAAUUUCAAGGACAGAAAGUAUCUCUAUGGGAUCUCCUCUACUCAAAAUACAUCACAGAGGAGAGAAGGAGAGAGCUUGUGCAGCAGUAUAAAUCUGGAGCAAUCACUAUUGAACGCUUCAUGGAGAUUAUCCUGGCAAGUAUUCAACAAAAGACUACCACCACAAUAACCACAACAUCUUCAGUGUCAACAUGCACACCACCACCUGACACAAAGUCAGAGAAAACAACCAUUACCACAACAACCACAGAAACAAGCUUCCAUGGUAUCAGGAAGAAUGUCACCGCUGGCGAGCUGCUUGCCUCAAAAAUCAUUGACAUGAAACUUUAUGAAGACCUCAACACAGGAAAAGUCACAGUGAACCAAGUGAGUGAAAUGGACUCAGUACACAAGUACUUGGAGGGAUCUAAUAGCAUUGCAGGUGUAUUUGUUCAGUCCACCAAACAGACCAUGAGCAUCUACGAGGCCAAAUCCAAAGGUCUUCUAACUCCUGGAACCUCUCUGGUUCUGCUGGAGGCUCAAGCUGCCACUGGAUUUGUCAUUGACCCAGUGAAGAACAAGAAACUCUCUGUAGAAGAGGCAGCCGCUCAAGGUGUGGUUGGGAACGAGUGGAAGAACAAACUGCUUUCAGCAGAGAGGGCAGUCACUGGAUACAAAGAUCCCUACACAGGAAACACAAUUUCCUUGUUCCAGGCCUUGAAAAAGGAUCUAAUUGUCAAGGACCAUGGAAUUCGCCUUCUUGAGGCACAGAUUGCAACUGGUGGAAUCAUCGAUCCAGUGUACAGUCAUAGAGUGCCAGUAGAGGUGGCGUACCAGAGAGGAUACUUUGAUGAGGAAAUGAACCAGAUCCUCGAUGACCCUGACGAUGACACCAAGGGCUUUUUUGACCCCAACACACAAGAAAACCUCACCUACCUGCAGCUUGUGGAGAGGUGUGUGACAGACCCAGAUACUGGCCUUAGCUUACUCGUAAUUGUCAAAAAAGGAGAGUUUUACUUCUUCAUUGAUGAGCAAACCAAGAACAUUCUAAAGGCUAUGACAACAACUAAGGCCGGAGGCAAAUUUCAAGGACAGAAAGUAUCUCUAUGGGAUCUCCUCUACUCAAAAUACAUCACAGAGGAGAGAAGGAGAGAGCUUGUGCAGCAGUAUAAAUCUGGAGCAAUCACUAUUGAACGCUUCAUGGAGAUUAUCCUGGCAAGUAUUCAACAAAAGACUACCACCACAAUAACCACAACAUCUUCAGUGUCAACAUGCACACCACCACCUGACACAAAGUCAGAGAAAACAACCAUUACCACAACAACCACAGAAACAAGCUUCCAUGGUAUCAGGAAGAAUGUCACCGCUGGCGAGCUGCUUGCCUCAAAAAUCAUUGACAUGAAACUUUAUGAAGACCUCAACACAGGAAAAGUCACAGUGAACCAAGUGAGUGAAAUGGACUCAGUACACAAGUACUUGGAGGGAACUAAUAGCAUUGCAGGUGUAUUUGUUCAGUCCACCAAACAGACCAUGAGCAUCUACGAGGCCAAAUCCAAAGGUCUUCUAACUCCUGGAACCUCUCUGGUUCUGCUGGAGGCUCAAGCUGCCACUGGAUUUGUCAUUGACCCAGUGAAGAACAAGAAACUCUCUGUAGAAGAGGCAGCCGCUCAAGGUGUGGUUGGGAACGAGUGGAAGAACAAACUGCUUUCAGCAGAGAGGGCAGUCACUGGAUACAAAGAUCCCUACACAGGAAACACAAUUUCCUUGUUCCAGGCCUUGAAAAAGGAUCUAAUUGUCAAGGACCAUGGAAUUCGCCUUCUUGAGGCACAGAUUGCAACUGGUGGAAUCAUCGAUCCAGUGUACAGUCAUAGAGUGCCAGUAGAGGUGGCGUACCAGAGAGGAUACUUUGAUGAGGAAAUGAACCAGAUCCUCGAUGACCCUGAUGAUGACACCAGGCUUUUUGACCCCAACACACAAGAGAACCUCACCUACCUGCAGCUUGUGGAGAGGUGUGUGACAGACCCAGAUACUGGCCUUAGCUUACUCGUAAUUGUCAAAAAAGGAGAAUUUUACUUCUUUAUUGAUGAGCAAACCAAGAACACUCUAAAGGCUAUGACAACAACUAAGGCCGGAGGCAAAUUUCAAGGACAGAAAGUAUCUCUAUGGGAUCUCCUCUACUCAAAAUACAUCACAGAGGAGAGAAGGAGAGAGCUUGUGCAGCAGUAUAAAUCUGGAGCAAUCACUAUUGAACGCUUCAUGGAGAUUAUCCUGGCAAGUAUUCAACAAAAGACUACCACCACAAUAACCACAACAUCUUCAGUGUCAACAUGCACACCACCACCUGACACAAAGUCAGAGAAAACAACCAUUACCACAACAACCACAGAAACAAGCUUCCAUGGUAUCAGGAAGAAUGUCACCGCUGGCGAGCUGCUUGCCUCAAAAAUCAUUGACAUGAAACUUUAUGAAGACCUCAACACAGGAAAAGUCACAGUGAACCAAGUGAGUGAAAUGGACUCAGUACACAAGUACUUGGAGGGAUCUAAUAGCAUUGCAGGUGUAUAUGUUCAGUCCACCAAACAGACCAUGAGCAUCUACGAGGCCAAAUCCAAAGGUCUUCUAACUCCUGGAACCUCUCUGGUUCUGCUGGAGGCUCAAGCUGCCACUGGAUUUGUCAUUGACCCAGUGAAGAACAAGAAGCUCUCUGUAGAAGAGGCAGCCGCUCAAGGUGUGGUUGGGAACGAGUGGAAGAACAAACUGCUUUCAGCAGAGAGGGCAGUCACUGGAUACAAAGAUCCCUACACAGGAAACACAAUUUCCUUGUUCCAGGCCUUGAAAAAGGAUCUAAUUGUCAAGGACCAUGGAAUUCGCCUUCUUGAGGCACAGAUUGCAACUGGUGGAAUCAUCGAUCCAGUGUACAGUCAUAGAGUGCCAGUAGAGGUGGCGUACCAGAGAGGAUACUUUGAUGAGGAAAUGAACCAGAUCCUCGAUGACCCUGACGAUGACACCAAGGGCUUUUUUGACCCCAACACACAAGAAAACCUCACCUACCUGCAGCUUGUGGAGAGGUGUGUGACAGACCCAGAUACUGGCCUUAGCUUACUCGUAAUUGUCAAAAAAGGAGAGUUUUACUUCUUCAUUGAUGAGCAAACCAAGAACAUUCUAAAGGCUAUGACAACAACUAAGGCCGGAGGCAAAUUUCAAGGACAGAAAGUGUCUCUAUGGGAUCUCCUCUACUCAAAAUACAUCACAGAGGAGAGAAGGAGAGAGCUUGUGCAGCAGUAUAAAUCUGGAGCAAUCACUAUUGAACGCUUCAUUGAGAUUAUCCUAGCAAGUAUUCAACAAAAGACUACCACCACAAUAAACACAACAUCUUCAGUGUCAACAUACACACCACCACCUGAGACAAAGUCAGAGAAAACAACCAUCACCACAACAACCACAGAAACAAGCUUCCAUGGUAUCAGGAAGAAUGUCACCGCUGGCGAGCUGCUUGCCUCAAAAAUCAUUGACAUGAAACUUUAUGAAGACCUCAACACAGGAAAAGUCACAGUGAACCAAGUGAGUGAAAUGGACUCAGUACACAAGUACUUGGAGGGAACUAAUAGCAUUGCAGGUGUAUUUGUUCAGUCCACCAAACAGACCAUGAGCAUCUACGAGGCCAAAUCCAAAGGUCUUCUAACUCCUGGAACCUCUCUGGUUCCUGAGGCUCAAGCUGCCACUGGAUUUGUCAUUGACCCAGUGAAGAACAAGAAACUCUCUGUAGAAGAGGCAGCCGCUCAAGGUGUGGUUGGGAACGAGUGGAAGAACAAAUUGCUUUCAGCAGAGAGGGCAGUCACUGGAUACAAAGAUCCCUACACAGGAAACACAAUUUCCUUGUUCCAGGCCUUGAAAAAGGAUCUAAUUGUCAAGGACCAUGGAAUUCGCCUUCUUGAGGCACAGAUUGCAACUGGUGGAAUCAUCGAUCCAGUGUACAGUCAUAGAGUGCCAGUAGAGGUGGCGUACCAGAGAGGAUACUUUGAUGAGGAAAUGAACCAGAUCCUCGAUGACCCUGAUGAUGACACCAAGGGCUUUUUUGACCCCAACACACAAGAGAACCUCACCUACCUGCAGCUUGUGGAGAGGUGUGUGACAGACCCAGAUACUGGCCUUAGCUUACUCGUAAUUGUCAAAAAAGGAGAAUUUUACUUCUUUAUUGAUGAGCAAACCAAGAACACUCUAAAGGCUAUGACAACAACUAAGGCCGGAGGCAAAUUUCAAGGUCAGAAAGUGUCUCUAUGGGAUCUCCUCUACUCAAAAUACAUCACAGAGGAGAGAAGGAGAGAGCUUGUGCAGCAGUAUAAAUCUGGAGCAAUCACUAUUGAACGCUUCAUGGAGAUUAUCCUAGCAAGUAUUCAACAAAAGACUACCACCACAAUAAACACAACAUCUUCAGUGACAACAUACACACCACCACCUGAGACAAAGUCAGAGAAAACAACCAUCACCACAACAACCACAGAGACUAGCUUUCAUGGUAUCAGGAAGAAUGUCACCGCUGGCGAGCUGCUUGCCUCAAAAAUCAUUGACAAGAAACUCUAUGAAGACCUCAACACAGGAAAAGUCACUGUGAACCAAGUGAGUGAAAUGGACUCAGUACACAAGUACUUGGAGGGAACUAAUAGCAUUGCAGGUGUAUUUGUUCAGUCCACCAAACAGACCAUGAGCAUCUACGAGGCCAAAUCCAAAGGUCUUCUAACUCCUGGAACCUCUCUGGUUCUGCUGGAGGCUCAAGCUGCCACUGGAUUUGUCAUUGACCCAGUGAAGAACAAGAAACUCUCUGUAGAAGAGGCAGCCGCUCAAGGUGUGGUUGGGAACGAGUGGAAGAACAAAUUGCUUUCAGCAGAGAGGGCAGUCACUGGAUACAAAGAUCCCUACACAGGAAACACAAUUUCCUUGUUCCAGGCCUUGAAAAAGGAUCUAAUUGUCAAGGACCAUGGAAUUCGCCUUCUUGAGGCACAGAUUGCAACUGGUGGAAUCAUCGAUCCAGUGUACAGUCAUAGAGUGCCAGUAGAGGUGGCGUACCAGAGAGGAUACUUUGAUGAGGAAAUGAACCAGAUCCUCGAUGACCCUGAUGAUGACACCAAGGGCUUUUUUGACCCCAACACACAAGAGAACCUCACCUACCUGCAGCUUGUGGAGAGGUGUGUGACAGACCCAGAUACUGGCCUUAGCUUACUCGUAAUUGUCAAAAAAGGAGAAUUUUACUUCUUUAUUGAUGAGCAAACCAAGAACACUCUAAAGGCUAUGACAACAACUAAGGCCGGAGGCAAAUUUGAAGGUCAGAAAGUGUCUCUAUGGGAUCUCCUCUACUCAAAAUACAUCACAGAGGAGAGAAGGAGAGAGCUUGUGCAGCAGUAUAAAUCUGGAGCAAUCACUAUUGAACGCUUCAUGGAGAUUAUCCUAGCAAGUAUUCAACAAAAGACUACCACCACAAUAACCACAACAUCUUCAGUGUCAACAUGCAUACCACCACCUGACACAAAGUCAGAGAAAACAACCAUUACCACAACAACCACAGAAACAAGCUUCCAUGGUAUCAGGAAGAAUGUCACCGCUGGCGAGCUGCUUGCCUCAAAAAUCAUUGACAUGAAACUUUAUGAAGACCUCAACACAGGAAAAGUCACAGUGAACCAAGUGAGUGAAAUGGACUCAGUACACAAGUACUUGGAGGGAACUAAUAGCAUUGCAGGUGUAUAUGUUCAGUCCACCAAACAGACCAUGAGCAUCUACGAGGCCAAAUCCAAAGGUCUUCUAACUCCUGGAACCUCUCUGGUUCUGCUGGAGGCUCAAGCUGCCACUGGAUUUGUCAUUGACCCAGUGAAGAACAAGAAGCUCUCUGUAGAAGAGGCAGCCGCUCAAGGUGUGGUUGGGAACGAGUGGAAGAACAAACUGCUUUCAGCAGAGAGGGCAGUCACUGGAUACAAAGAUCCCUACACAGGAAACACAAUUUCCUUGUUCCAGGCCUUGAAAAAGGAUCUAAUUGUCAAGGACCAUGGAAUUCGCCUUCUUGAGGCACAGAUUGCAACUGGUGGAAUCAUCGAUCCAGUGUACAGUCAUAGAGUGCCAGUAGAGGUGGCGUACCAGAGAGGAUACUUUGAUGAGGAAAUGAACCAGAUCCUCGAUGACCCUGAUGAUGACACCAAGGGCUUUUUUGACCCCAACACACAAGAGAACCUCACCUACCUGCAGCUUGUGGAGAGGUGUGUGACAGACCCAGAUACUGGCCUUAGCUUACUCGUAAUUGUCAAAAAAGGAGAAUUUUACUUCUUUAUUGAUGAGCAAACCAAGAACACUCUAAAGGCUAUGACAACAACUAAGGCCGGAGGCAAAUUUGAAGGUCAGAAAGUGUCUCUAUGGGAUCUCCUCUACUCAAAAUACAUCACAGAGGAGGGAAGGAGAGAGCUUGUGCAGCAGUAUAAAUCUGGAGCAAUCACUAUUGAACGCUUCAUGGAGAUUAUCCUGGCAAGUAUUCAACAAAAGAGUACCACCACAAUAACCACAACAUCUUCAGUGUCAACAUGCAUACCACCACCUGACACAAAGUCAGAGAAAACAACCAUUACCACAACAACCACAGAAACAAGCUUCCAUGGUAUCAGGAAGAAUGUCACCGCUGGCGAGCUGCUUGCCUCAAAAAUCAUUGACAUGAAACUUUAUGAAGACCUCAACACAGGAAAAGUCACUGUGAACCAAGUGAGUGAAAUGGACUCAGUACACAAGUACUUGGAGGGAACUAAUAGCAUUGCAGGUGUAUUUGUUCAGUCCACCAAACAGACCAUGAGCAUCUACGAGGCCAAAUCCAAAGGUCUUCUAACUCCUGGAACCUCUCUGGUUCUGCUGGAGGCUCAAGCUGCCACUGGAUUUGUCAUUGACCCAGUGAAGAACAAGAAACUCUCUGUAGAAGAGGCAGCCGCUCAAGGUGUGGUUGGGAACGAGUGGAAGAACAAAUUGCUUUCAGCAGAGAGGGCAGUCACUGGAUACAAAGAUCCCUACACAGGAAACACAAUUUCCUUGUUCCAGGCCUUGAAAAAGGAUCUAAUUGUCAAGGACCAUGGAAUUCGCCUUCUUGAGGCACAGAUUGCAACUGGUGGAAUCAUCGAUCCAGUGUACAGUCAUAGAGUGCCAGUAGAGGUGGCGUACCAGAGAGGAUACUUUGAUGAGGAAAUGAACCAGAUCCUCGAUGACCCUGAUGAUGACACCAAGGUUUUUGACCCCAACACACAAGAGAACCUCACCUACCUGCAGCUUGUGGAGAGGUGUGUGACAGACCCAGAUACUGGCCUUAGCUUACUCGUAAUUGAAAAAGGAGAAUUUUACUUCUUUAUUGAUGAGCAAACCAAGAACACUCUAAAGGCUAUGACAACAACUAAGGCCGGAGGCAAUUUUGAAGGUCAGAAAGUGUCUCUAUGGGAUCUCCUCUACUCAAAAUACAUCACAGAGGAGGGAAGGAGAGAGCUUGUGCAGCAGUAUAAAUCUGGAGCAAUCACUAUUGAACGCUUCAUGGAGAUUAUCCUGGCAAGUAUUCAACAAAAGAGUACCACCACAAUAACCACAACAUCUUCAGUGUCAACAUGCAUACCACCACCUGACACAAAGUCAGAGAAAACAACCAUUACCACAACAACCACAGAAACAAGCUUCCAUGGUAUCAGGAAGAAUGUCACCGCUGGCGAGCUGCUUGCCUCAAAAAUCAUUGACAUGAAACUUUAUGAAGACCUCAACACAGGAAAAGUCACAGUGAACCAAGUGAGUGAAAUGGACUCAGUACACAAGUACUUGGAGGGAACUAAUAGCAUUGCAGGUGUAUAUGUUCAGUCCACCAAACAGACCAUGAGCAUCUACGAGGCCAAAUCCAAAGGUCUUCUAACUCCUGGAACCUCUCUGGUUCUGCUGGAGGCUCAAGCUGCCACUGGAUUUGUCAUUGACCCAGUGAAGAACAAGAAACUCUCUGUAGAAGAGGCAGCCGCUCAAGGUGUGGUUGGGAACGAGUGGAAGAACAAACUGCUUUCAGCAGAGAGGGCAGUCACUGGAUACAAAGAUCCCUACACAGGAAACACAAUUUCCUUGUUCCAGGCCUUGAAAAAGGAUCUAAUUGUCAAGGACCAUGGAAUUCGCCUUCUUGAGGCACAGAUUGCAACUGGUGGAAUCAUCGAUCCAGUGUACAGUCAUAGAGUGCCAGUAGAGGUGGCGUACCAGAGAGGAUACUUUGAUGAGGAAAUGAACCAGAUCCUCGAUGACCCUGAUGAUGACACCAAGGUUUUUGACCCCAACACACAAGAGAACCUCACCUACCUGCAGCUUGUGGAGAGGUGUGUGACAGACCCAGAUACUGGCCUUAGCUUACUCGUAAUUGUCAAAAAAGGAGAAUUUUACUUCUUUAUUGAUGAGCAAACCAAGAACACUCUAAAGGCUAUGACAACAACUAAGGCCGGAGGCAAAUUUGAAGGUCAGAAAGUGUCUCUAUGGGAUCUCCUCUACUCAAAAUACAUCACAGAGGAGGGAAGGAGAGAGCUUGUGCAGCAGUAUAAAUCUGGAGCAAUCACUAUUGAACGCUUCAUGGAGAUUAUCCUGGCAAGUAUUCAACAAAAGAGUACCACCACAAUAACCACAACAUCUUCAGUGUCAACAUGCAUACCACCACCUGACACAAAGUCAGAGAAAACAACCAUUACCACAACAACCACAGAAACAAGCUUCCAUGGUAUCAGGAAGAAUGUCACCGCUGGCGAGCUGCUUGCCUCAAUCAUUGACAUGAAACUUUAUGAAGACCUCAACACAGGAAAAGUCACAGUGAACCAAGUGAGUGAAAUGGACUCAGUACACAAGUACUUGGAGGGAACUAAUAGCAUUGCAGGUGUAUAUGUUCAGUCCACCAAACAGACCAUGAGCAUCUACGAGGCCAAAUCCAAAGGUCUUCUAACUCCUGGAACCUCUCUGGUUCUGCUGGAGGCUCAAGCUGCCACUGGAUUUGUCAUUGACCCAGUGAAGAACAAGAAGCUCUCUGUAGAAGAGGCAGCCGCUCAAGGUGUGGUUGGGAACGAGUGGAAGAACAAACUGCUUUCAGCAGAGAGGGCAGUCACUGGAUACAAAGAUCCCUACACAGGAAACACAAUUUCCUUGUUCCAGGCCUUGAAAAAGGAUCUAAUUGUCAAGGACCAUGGAAUUCGCCUUCUUGAGGCACAGAUUGCAACUGGUGGAAUCAUCGAUCCAGUGUACAGUCAUAGAGUGCCAGUAGAGGUGGCGUACCAGAGAGGAUACUUUGAUGAGGAAAUGAACCAGAUCCUCGAUGACCCUGAUGAUGACACCAAGGGCUUUUUUGACCCCAACACACAAGAGAACCUCACCUACUUGCAGCUUCUGGAGAGGUGUGUGAGGGACCCAGACACUGGUCUUAGCUUUCUGUCUCUGAAUAAAUGAGCUUAUACGGAUUUGUUUUAAAAUUGUUAUCAAAGAUGUGCAGAUAUUUUAUCUUUAUUUUAUCACAUAUAAAUGCUUUCUUUGUUGAUGUUUGGCGAAUUAUUCUGAUUUGAAUAUAAUAAAAAGCCAUUUUUUAAGUGAA